GACAUUUACGGACAUUAAGUAGGGGAAACACACCAAUAAUAACAAACCGUUUUGAAGGUGACUCAGUCAACAGCUCUCAAAUUGUCGUAUAAAUCAGGGUAUGAAUGCAAUGCUGUGAAUAUUCAAAGUUAGAAACUGGCACAGUGCAUUAGAGUGUGUGGUCGAGUGAAAUUAAUCAUUUUUUCUAAAUUUGAAUUACAGCAAUGGUGUAUUUAUUGGAAUUUGUCAUUUUUUCAUUAGCCCUAACAGCUUCCAUACCUCAGAUUAUGGCAGCAGAUUCGCCAGAUAUGCUAGCAGUGUUCAACAAAUGCAGAGAGGAGGCAGGCGCAACUGAAGAUGAUAUUAAGAAUUUCAGAGCUCAACAAAUCCCAAGCACAACGACUGGAAAGUGUAUGCUUGCCUGUAUGUUCAAUCAUUCAGGACUAAUGAAGGAUGACAAGUAUAAUUCAGAGGGUGCUUUAAAACUUGUAAGCCAGGUUUUUGCCGACAACCCUGUCAAUCUUGGAAAGGCAAAACAGCUAAUUAAUGGAUGCACAGAUGAAGUAAAAAAUGAAAAUGACAAAUGUGAAAUUGCUUCCAAAAUAGCACACUGUACAGUAAAAAUGACGUCAGUGGUAAGUUUAUUACGUCGUAAAGUUCUCCUCAUUUAGAUGCUGGAUAGGCCUACCUACACC